UGUACGCUCACAUGUUCCCCGUACCUUGUCCGCCAUCAAGCGACCAUUGCUACACACUACGGAGAUUAAUAAUUAAUACAGUUAUAACAAUGGCAUUAUUGGGUUUUUUAUUAUACAGCAAAGCUUUUAUGCAGAAGCUAAAAUUCGAACACAGACUUCAUAUGGCAGAAAGCAAAUUGAAUCGACUUCAAUUGAACAAAAUCCGAAUUAAUACGGACCGGUUAACGCUUAUUGAGUUCAUCAAUUGAUCUUCAAUCGCCAGUGGGAGUUGGUUCAUACCAAUCGGACAUCGCUCAAGUGCCACUUCAUUCAUGAGGACCUCUGGCACGUGGGUGUCAAAUUUUGACGUCGACCUUCUGGGUCCACUACGUUGAACACGUGGGACGUUAUCGGUCUAGCAGUUCGUUUGCUUGGCUAUCUAACUGACUUGUUUCCUGCAAACUGUUCUCUUCAGACGCGUAAAUGACGGCGGAAUAACACUCGUAUGUCGCGUACCCCCACGCUGACUGGUGGAAGCCCGUAUGUGGUAGCCUCGAGCACGCUCCACUUUAUAGAGAAGAUGAAACAAGUUCGGGUAUCUUGACAUCCUGAAAAAACAAGAUACCUGUGCAAUGGCGGUGUUAAAGCGUGUACUAGUUUUUUGCAAGAGAUAGAGAGUGCACGUACGCAUCCACCGUAAUCCGGCAUAUCCUGUCUAACAGAAUCAUUAUGACUGUUAUAAUGACGAAGUGCAACGAUUUCCAUUGGUGAUUACUGCAUGGAGAGUUAUGGCACGAUUAAUCGAACAGCAAAAACUACAACGACAGUAUAUUGCUUUGUUUUCCCAACUGGUGGCUGAUUAGCCACGUGCUUCAGAGUGCAAUAGCAUCAUUAGAUUAUUAUAUAUAAAACGUGUGUGUGAUACGAUUUCAACAACGGCAGCGUCGGUCUGCAUGUGCGUCGUCAAAUACAUCAAAAAGAAUAAAAACAAAAGUUACAACAAAUAGUUGUCAUACGUACAUCUAUCAUUAAGCACAGGUAGAACACUAAUCAGCUUAGGAUACUGCGUGUUGUUAUUUGUUCGUCCUACCUGUUAUCGUCAAACGGGCCAGAUGCAACAGACGGUUAAGCUAGGACCCGGCCUGUUCAUUGGCGCCUGUUGCGGUGAUAUGUGUGCACAGUGAUUGUUUGUCGUCCUGUAUCGUUUAGCCGUCGUCGUCGUCGUCAUCGUCAUCGUCAUCAACAUCGUAUCAUCAGUAGAUUUCUCUCUAUCGGAUACAAAUCCCUCUUCCUCUAAGUCAGCCCGAUCGUGGGCCGUUUGUUCGUUACGUGUACAUAUAUGAGUAUUUGUGGAAGUAUGAUGUUGUUUUCAGUCGCCGUUGAAUCUCUGUCGGCGAUUCGCUGUUGGAAGCAAGAGUAUUCUAACAUUUAAUGUCGUCGCAGUAGAUGAGCAGAAGAAUAGGCAAAUAUUUGGCGAGAAGAACCCAGAAGCUAGAGAGUUGAGAUUCAACGGAAAGCAAAUGCUGUACAAGGCUAUAUUCAUACAAUACAAAUGUACGGCUAAUAUUAGUUAGGGGAAUAUAAAAUCUUCCGGAAAAGGGAAAACAGGAGAAAUUAUUAAUAAAAAUAAAACUAAUAAAGUGUGUCAUUAAUCAACAGAAUAGAAACCUGCUAACGAAGUUUAGUAAGAUGCCUCUGGUAGCGCCGCAUGCGCUUGGGAGGUGCUCGAAACAACGAAAUGUCAUUGUUGCUGUUAUUCGGAAGAAAAGAGCUAUUGAUGAAAUCAUAGUUGAUUAUGAUCAUUACAAUUUCAAAUCUGACUUGUCUGUGAUGGACAAGCUGUUUAACGACUCCAGCUGACUCAAGUCUCUCAAGCGUUUUAGGAAGAACAGAACAGCCAAAGCGAGAAGAGAGCGAAGAUAAGACGACAUGAAGCUGCGUCUCAAAUGAUCGAUUGUUCUACGACAACUAUUACUACCACUAUUCAUUCAGAGACAUGAUCAGGUUGCUAUUGUUGGCAAGGCACCGCGAUGAUCGCUUUGUCGCUACGCGUUAAAGUUGCAUUCGGCGACCAGCACCACCGCAAAAACGUGUUGUUACCAAAUCGUAUCAGCUUGUCGGCUAACGUCAUUGACCAAUAACGAUAAAAAAAAAAAAAACACACGCUGUUUUAUUCAACGAGGACCACACUUGUUGAUUGCCCCUUGCACGCUGCUACGUCUGUCGAAAACGGGAGCAGAACUAACCAGAGUACGAACAGGACCGACCGCGUCGCUUUCGCCAACAGCGAUCCACUAUCGCCACUUUGUGGCCGCCACUGCUUGCUGAAGUUAAGGGGUGGCACGUAGAAAACGUGUCGCCCACGUGGACGCCCAAGCGAGCGACACCCACGAGGCGCCGCGUAGGUUGAAGUUGUGCGAGUUGUAUGGAUGGCCUUGCGAGCGUGGCCAGUCGAAAGCUUCCCGGAGGUGGCGGGGGCGCGGCAUCGCCGACGCCGACGCCUACCCCAUCAGCGGAUGGCGCCGCGUGUCUUUCGACAGCUGAUUAUUACCAUGUGCUGUCGGCACACAUCGAACAGGCCGUUGAUGCCUUCAUGGAAAGGCUCGGCGGCCGACUUCAGGAUUUGGAGAUGGAGCUGAGGUACGCCUGGCGCGCGGUCGACCUCCUCUCCACCGAGUACGCGAAAAUGUGGGAUAAACUCGAGCGCCUCGAAAUGCUGCUGUUCGAGCAACAGGAGGUCAUUAUGCAGUUGCUCAUUGAGUCGGCAGCUGGCGGAGAGAUGGCAGUCUUUGAGGCAGCUUGCGCUGCCGAAGCCAUGGAUCUAAGUGGGAACAAUAUCCAGGAUGCGCCCGCCCACUGGAAGAGAAUCAAUCAUGUCAACAAAACGUUUCAACAACAGCAGCAACCACAGGCUGGUGUCACCACAGAAGAAGCAGGUGAAGGUACCAAUGUCCCAGCAACAGACAGCUCGCCACCGCGAUCGUCAGGUCAAAUAGAAAGGAAGCGUUCGGGUUCAAGCGAUGCUGAGUCUGAGGCCAUAGGCGGCGCUCGCCGCAAACGGCCUGGCGGAGACCUGCUGGUGGUGCGGGAAAACCACGUUAGCUCGUCAUCGGAGCCCUCACCCGAGCACACUGCCGAUUCGUCGCCGCCGUCCAGGCGGCAUUCAAAAAAAGACAAAGAUUGUCAGACACGACGACGAAGUAAGCGACGCUCAUUUCAGCGGCAGACUUCGAUGAGUGUUGGGGCCGUAUACGAUUCAGAGGGCGCAACCGGGACUGGCAUUGAGCCACGUGCAAAUACAUCACCCGCCAGCGUCGCGACGGCAACAGACGACCAGCGUGAGCUCGAAGUAACUGUGAUAACGUGUUGUGUGACGGCUACGACAACAAUGACCUCCAGCGGCCACCAACAACACAGCAACAAUAGACAGACCACAACCAAUAGUAGUAACAAUAGUCAUAACCUUGAACAUGGCCAUUUGGAAGCGCUUGUUGCAGCCAAGCUCCACGAUGCACGUGGUAACGGUACCGUAGCCAUGACGACAGCAAGUGUACAGGCAACCACCGUUCUCGUCUCCUCAAAGGCGGGUCCGGCAGCUUCCCAACAACAGCUAAACGGGCAAGCCGCUCCACUCAGAGACUUUCAUCAUCAUAAUCAGAGCCAGCAUCCGAAUGGAGCCGCUUAUUUAGUUCAUGAAUUAGGUCAUUUGGAUAAUAAUAAUAGUACAUCAGCGACAGGAGCAGCAACUGUACAGAAAAGUGUCCAAUCGUUUCCCUCAUCGCCAUUGACUGCCAUAAGAGUGUCAUCCGCUGUACACCCCCAGCAUCAACAGCACCAGCAGCAGCAGCAGCAGCAGCAGCAACAACAACAACAACAACAACAACAACAACAACAACAACAACAACAACAACAACAACAACAAGUUCUACUGUCACAACUGCAGCGUGAACACGCACCCUCUAGCGAGCAGCAGCAACAGUAUUCCAGCAAACAACUUCAGACUAUACAAAGGCCAUUCGAAGAUGAGACAGUAAUCAAUAGUGGGGUACAAGUGAAAUCGUCGCCGAGGGCAGCUGCAGCUGUAGUGACAGCAGAAACAUCAUCAUCAGAGUCAGUCGCGAUACCUCAACCCACAACGGUACCCGGUCCACAGCCGACGACAGUAGCUGAGCCAGUUUUGCCCACCAAAGAUAUUCUGGCGUCGUUUAGUGAGCUUAGCUUUGAACGGUCCCAGGAUGAGGAGUCGUUCGUUGACGAUCGAGUAUAUCCUGAGGAGGAGCCGGAUGAACCGCCGAUUGAAUUUCCCGAAUUCACGCCGACCCCCUUCCGAAAUCUCAUCUCGGGCAAUCAAGCGGAAUCACAACAGCAAUUUGACCAAAAACAGCUUGUGGGCCCCCAGAAAUUAACUGCUGUGUUUCAAGAGACGCCAAGAUCCCAACCAUCCAGCAGAAAAGGGUCAAAUCAAGAAGAAAUCAUAUUAAAAACUGUGGCAGGCGUUUCCGCAGAGGGAGAGAUACCAUCCGCACAGGUUAUGGGGAUCGCCAGUCAACAGCUACAAAGAGAGAGUGAGCCAAUUGAGGAAUCAGUGCAACAGGGGCAACACGUUGUGAAAAUGGAACCGAUUCAACAACCGCCACAACAGCAGCAGCAGCAAGGCCAAAUCCAACGGCAGCAACAAAUCGCAGCAAGCGCGAACCAGCAGCAGACCGGGGCACAGUACGUUCCUCCGAAAGCAGCCCCGAUACAGCAUCCGCUGGAACCCGCCUCUCAUAAUCGGCAGGCUGGACAGCAACAGACAGAACAACAUCGGCAACAACCGGCUGCAUCGGCGGCCGAGCAGCAACAGAGUUUUUCCUCAUUUUCACUUGCAAAGAAGUUAGGUGGCAAGAUCGUCAACAUGGGCAUGGGAAUGGGCUAUUCAAAAGUGGUCGAUCAGGCCACCAGUAUGCUUUCCAAGGCACCGCGCUCGUUCAACUCGUCCAUGAGCCAAGAAGAGGAAAUCCAAGGUGGGCCAAGUAUCGUCAGUGAUACGACCCGACUUGGCAUGUCUAGCUACUCCGCUUCACAUCAGGAGGCGUUUCAAGCGCCGAGUAGCCAGCCAAUACAGAGCGUCACUCAGCUGAUGGGCAUGGCCAGCGGCGAGAGCGGCUCACCGUUGCUGGAAGUCGCCCGGGAACCGCGCGAACCUCAAGUUGUCGCAAUCGACCACCCGCCUACGCCGCCGACGGCUACCGGAAACCAGACCUUCUUCCUGCCUCCACAGAAUUCGAACGAGAAAUACCACGAAGUGGAAGUAGCGUCACGACGAGGCAGUACCGACCACAACAGACGCAGCAGUCGAAGUGACAUCAUCGAAGUGAUGAGUAGGCGGGGCAGCGCCUCCGACGGGGCGCGCAGCCGUCGCUCAUCCCAACAGAGUUUGCGCCGACCCAGCAGUGGCUAUGACGGUAGCGUUGAGGUGGCGAACUUCACGCCGCAAGAAGGAGAGGAUCACGUGCGAGAAUGUGCUCAAGUUGAGUGGCGAAAUCUUGGCGUUGACGAUAUCCCACCCGAACAGCAAGGUAUACUAACACCCGCUGAUUUUGGUCUCAGCGAAAGCGUUAGGCGUAGCUCGGUCGACUUCGGGAACGGGCCAAGAUUAGAGAACGACGUCGUUUGCGGUAAACCGACCUCACUGGUUGGAGGCAGCAUAGAGCAAGGACUAGAACAGCAGGCUGGAGGCCUAGGGAGCCUCGUCAGCAUAGGAAGUGGCUUAAGUGCCGUAGCAACAGCAUCAGCCAAUGAUAGCAACAGCAGCAUUGAUCAUAAUAGUUUGGACCUUGUACAGUCUUUGGUAAAAGGGGAACAACUUCUGACGGGGGAAGUAAUCCCCGGGGAAGAAACGCCAGUAGCGGUAGAUAACACGAUGGCAGGUUCCAUCCGCCUGGUGAGGCGCGGCAUGCGCCACGUCAUGGAGCGGAUGGCCUCCAUCAGCGCCCAGCCGGGUAGUGAUGAUACGGCAGUGAUGUCCGCAGCGGUGAACAUGGGCGCGGGGACUGCGGCCUGUAGUAGUGCAGGACAGACAGCAUCUAGAAAGCCUGCUAGCGAGCUUCGUAAAGCUAGCUUGGGCUCACAGGGAGGCGAAACACAGGACUCGGGCUCUACGCCGCUAGGCACGCCUCGAAGCGCAAGUAUCAAAUGCGUCUCAUUUGCAGAAGCAAUCGCCAAGGCGAAAGCUGAUGCUGAACAACAUGCGGCUGCAUUGGCAGCUCAAGCGCAGGCAUUCGAGGCUGCGCAACAAGCCGCCAACGAGCAAGCCCAGGGUGAGGCGGUCAACGAAGAGGAUCUUCUGAUUCAGGAAGAAGGCACGACCACCGUCGAUGGCACACCUAUUGAUUGCAAGGCUACUGGUCGGAACCUCAAGCAAAUGGUAUCUCAAGGUAGUCAAGAUGGUAAAGCCAAAUGGCUUGCUUUAGUGCAGGGGUCUGCGGGCAGCAAUCGCGAUGGUGGAGGUCCUCGGAGAGGAGCUGGUGGGGCUCCUGGGGCCGUUUCUGCCGGUGGAGACAAUACCUUUUACUCGAACAUCGACUCCAUGCCCGACAUCCGGCCCAGAAGAAAGUCCAUUCCUCUCGUCAGCGAACUCGUGCUCAAGACGAUGGCGGCAACGAAGCGCAAUGCUGGUAUCACACCAGCGGUGACUCGUCCGUCGUUAAAUGACGAAGAACUCAAAAUGCACGUGUAUAAGAAAACUCUACAGGCGCUUAUCUACCCGAUCAGUAGCACCACUCCGCACAACUUCCAAUCGUGGACCGCCACGUCUCCUACCUAUUGCUACGAAUGCGAAGGACUGUUAUGGGGGAUCACAAACCAGGGACUUCGUUGCACAGAAUGCGGCGUAAAGUGUCACGAGAAAUGUAAGGAUCUGCUCAACGCCGAUUGUCUUCAACGGGCAGCUGAAAAAUCCUCAAAGCAUGGAGCAGAAGAUAAGGCCAAUUCGAUCAUCACGGCAAUGAAAGAGAGGAUGAAAGUCCGAGAGCGAGAUAAACCAGAAAUUUUCCAGUUAAUCAGGUGCGUCUUCAACGUAGACAUCAAGAGCCAUGCGGGACAUCUAAAGGCAGUUAGGCAGUCUGUUCUCGAUGGCACGUCCAAGUGGUCUGCCAAGAUCGCCAUCACCGUCAUAUGUGCGCAGGGUCUAAUUGCCAAAGAUAAAAGCGGCACCAGUGACCCCUACGUGACAGUCCAGGUGGGAAAGACAAAAAAGCGGACGCGCACUAUGGCCAGGGAUUUGAACCCGGAGUGGAAUGAAAAAUUUUACUUCGAGUGCCACAAUUCUUCCGAUCGCAUCAAGGUGCGAGUCUGGGACGAAGACAACGACUUGAAAUCGAAGCUGAGGCAAAAACUGACACGGGAAUCGGACGAUUUUCUUGGUCAGACCAUCAUCGAAGUGCGUACCCUUUCCGGCGAGAUGGACGUAUGGUACAAUCUGGAAAAACGAACAGACAAGAGCGCUGUAUCAGGCGCCAUCCGGCUUCACAUUAGCGUCGAGAUUAAGGGCGAAGAGAAAGUGGCGCCUUACCAUGUACAAUACACCUGCCUCCACGAGAAUCUGUUCCACUAUCUGUGCGAACAAAACGCUGGAGCCGUCAAAUUACCGGAAGCUAAAGGAGAUGAGGCUUGGAAGGUGUACUUCGAAGAAAACGCCGAAGAAAUCGUCGACGAAUUUGCUAUGAGAUAUGGCAUUGAGUCAAUUUACCAAGCAAUGACUCAUUUCCACUGCCUUUCGACGAAAUACAUGUGCCAGGGUGUGCCGGCUGUUAUGAGCACCUUGUUAGCCAACAUCAACGCCUAUUACGCGCAUACGGCGGCUUCUUCCGCUGUAUCCGCCAGCGACCGAUUCGCCGCGUCCAACUUUGGGAAAGAGAAGUUCGUCAAACUAUUGGAUCAUUUGCACAAUUCACUACGUAUCGAUCUGUCGAUGUACAGAAACAAUUUCCCGGCUUCAAGCGCAGAAAAACUACAGGACCUCAAGUCGACCGUGGACCUGCUAACCUCCAUCACAUUUUUCCGCAUGAAAGUGCAAGAGCUUUCUAGUCCACCGAGAGCUAGCACUGUGGUGAAGGAAUGUGCUUCAGCAUGUCUCCGCUCAACGUAUCAGUUCCUCUUCGACAACUGUUAUGACUUAUACAACAGGGAGUUCCAGAAUACCGACGAAAAGAAAGACGAACAAGGUCCAAGUCUAAAAGAUUUAGAUUUCUGGCAUAAGCUCAUCGCGCUACAGGUCUCGGUGAUCGAGGAAGACCGUACUAGUUAUGCACCCGUGCUAAGCCAAUUUCCGCAGGAACUAAACAUCGGACAGCUAAGCGCAUCUAUUAUGUGGAGGGUGUUUGCCAUUGAUAUGAAGUACGCCCUAGAGGAGCAUGAGCAGCAUCGGUUGUGCAAAUCGUCGGCGUACAUGAACCUUCACUUCAAGGUUAAGUGGUUCUAUAACAACUACGUUAGCGACAUCGUACCCUACAAGGAUUCCGUUCCCGAAUACCCGUCGUGGUUCGAACCGUUCGUAAUGCAAUGGCUUAAUGAAAACGAUGAUGUCUCGCUUGAGUACCUGCACAGCGCCUUCCUCCGGGACAAAAAGGACGGGUUCCAGCAAAGCUCGGAACACACGAUGUUCUCGAAUUCGGUGGUCGACGUCUUCACCCAGCUGACCCAGUGUUUCGACGUUAUUUCGAAACUUGAAUGUCCCGACCCGGAGAUCGUCAAGCGCUAUAUGAAGCGUUUCGCCAAAACGAUCGUCAAGGUCCUCACCGCGUACGCGGACAUCGUCAAAAAGGAUUUCCCGAACUACGUCUCUCAGGAGAAGACGGCCUGCAUUCUGAUGAACAACAUUCAGCAGCUGCGGGUGCAGCUCGAAAAGCUAUUCGAGUCGAUGGGAGGCGAGAAGCUUGAAGCCGAUGCUUCCAAUAUCCUCAAAGAGCUUCAGCAAAGCCUAAACGGCGUACUCGACGACCUUAGCUGUGUUUUCGCAACAAGUCUCGAGGGCACGAUCAAAGCCUCGAUGGCCGAACUCAACCAGCUCCUCUGCGCAAUUAAAGGUGGCGGCAGUAUGGCACAAACGGCUCAGGCGAGGAACGAGGUGGCCGCUGAAGCGGACCACGUUCUUCAUCCGCUCAUGGACAUUCUGGACGGAAAACUGACGCUGUUUGCGCAGCUCUGCGAGCGAACCGUCCUCAAGCGCCUGCUCAAGGAGCUGUGGAAAAUUGUCGUGCACACCAUGGAGAAAACCGUGGUGCUGCCACCCAUUUCGGAAAAGAGCGUGCUGCCCAAUCUGACGAACGUGAACGCUGCAAAGAUCGAGGAUAUGUCACGACUCUUCAAGAACUCCAUUUCCACCUCCAACAAGCUGCCUAAUUUGGGCGUUAUGGAAGUGGAAAAGAAUCUGACACCACGCCAAUGUGCGGUGCUAGACGUUGCCCUGGAUACCAUAAAGCAGUAUUUUCAUGCCGGGGGAAACGGACUGAAAAAGACAUUUUUGGAUAAGUCUCCCGAGCUACAAAGCCUUCGUUAUGCACUCUCUUUGUACACGCAGACUACCGACGCACUGGUUAAAACUUUCGUGGGCUCGCAGCUUAAACAAGACCAGCCUAGCCACGACGAAGGCGCCGUGGGAGAGGUAUCGGUACAAGUUGAUCUGUUCACCCACCCUGGAACGGGCGAACACAAGAUUACCGUUAAGGUUGUUGCUGCAAAUGACCUAAAGUGGCCAAAUACUUCAAUGUUCAGACCAUUUGUAGAGGUGAACCUGAUUGGUCCUCGUCUUCACGACAAGAAACGCCGGUUUGCGACCAAAUCCAAGAACAACACCUGGUCUCCAAAGUAUAAUGAAACGUUUCACUUUAUUAUCGCCAAUGAUGAACAGCCCGCCUCGUACGAGUUACAUAUAUGCAUCAAGGACUAUUGCUUCGCCAGGGACGAUCGUCUUGUCGGCGUCGCCGUUAUGCAGCUCAAGGACAUCGUUGAGCAAGGUUCCUGCGCGUGCUGGCUGCCCCUUGGACGACGCAUUCAUAUGGACGAGACGGGCUGGACAAUCCUGCGUAUUCUGUCGCAGCGAAACAACGACGAAGUGGCCAAAGAGUUCGUUAAGCUCAAGUCUGAGAUCCGAAACGAUGAUAACAUCCCUAAAAAUUAAACCGGGUAGCCACUGCAGCAGACAAAUGCGUUUUUUACACUCGAUACAAACGGGAACAAAUAAACCAAAAAAGAGGUAAUUAAAAAAAAGCGAACUCUGCUUCCACCUGUGUUGACCAUGCCGAACAGAUCAUCUCUUUAGAAUAGAACAACAACAGCAACAGCAACAACAAUACGUUACGCUACGCCUAGUACGCACACAACAAUAAAGACAAGCUGAAUGUCGACAGAGCUGAAUGGUACGACCGCAACCAACGACACAGAUAUAAUGGACAAAAAAAUACUAUACAACGCUAUACGGCUCUCGUGAAAGACGGACAAACACAAUUAACAGAGACCUGUGAUCGUCUAUGGCCUUUUUUAAUGGGGUACUAUAAAAACGGCAGACACAAACGUCAAAAGCUUGACGAGCAUGCGUUCUAAUCAAUUAAGACCGCGUCUCCAAUACUGUGACAUAACGGACUGUUGCCUACGGAAGGCAUACAGUAACAUAAAGCAAAUUAACGCAGAAAAGCAUCAGUGUAUCUAUAUAUGUGGUGAUGUUAGCAGCCUCAACUGUAGCCAAGAUUGACGGCACACCUGUUGCAUUAGCGGUUUCAAGCGAGAAUCGAUAAAGACGCUGAGCGUCUGAGUAGCCUGCGAUAGCUGACAAACGAUACGUACAUUCGCUCCAGCUAUUGCUGGCGCUGGUUCCGUGGGAAAACAAAGCAGACGACCGCCGUGUUGUGAUUUUUCAAAGUCCAAUGCUACUACUAUCACUGAUAAGUACGAUUGAAUCUGCUAAGACAAGCAACAUUGAUUAACUGCAAAACAAUGCGACACACAACGACAGCCAUUAAAUACGGUUAUUAUUAUAAUCAUCAUCAUCAUCAUCAUCAUCAUCAGCUGCGAUUAUAAUAAUUCUUAUUACUAUUAUUGUCAAUGUAAGGAUGUAUUCGUCCCUUCGUUAAACAAGACAUCGCAAUUCUUAUAUUGUUUCGUCGUUGAUGAAGAUCAGGACGGAUCUGUCCGAACAGAGGUCAGAAGCUGAAGCUUGUCUAUGCACGAGAAAACCACAACAGUAUACAUGCAAGCAUACAUAGACAAACAAAUACAUAAUUCAUGAAACGGUAUACUAUGGAUGAAGACUAAAACAUCCCGUUACUGCCGAGAAAAUAGCAGUUGUUCGAGACAGUCAACAAUCGUGUACCUUUGCAUAAAUAAGGUGGGGGGGGGGGGGUUGUUUCAUAGUUAUUACUAUGAAAUAUUCCCAUUGUCAAUAUUUGUCACGCUUGCAUCGAUCUAGUGAACGCAAUAUUGUUACUAUUGACCCACUGUUUAUUGGUUAUGAAUUAUUGUGCUGUUAUAGUCUAUUAUAUAAUUAGCACAGUCAUGUAUUAUAGCACAGAUGCGGACCUACACAAGAUACAGCAUCGCCGCUAACGCCCUUUAAUUAUCGAUCUAGACUCUGUCGGCUAACGGAAACGCGUCCCGAAACGCGUUUGUGUCGAGACUGUAAUUUUGACAGUCUUAGUACGCCGUUUCUUGCCGCUUUGUUCUGCCUACAUUUACCUCAGCUAUCUACUAAUGCUAAAUCAACGUUCUUAUUAUUAACUUGAGUGAGCGUAGAUGCGACCGUUAUCACUCAAAUCAAACAUCUGUUACAAUCAACGACCCUUGGGCGUUCAAACUUUUUAGCAGCAACACGCCAUCUUGUCGGGCGGCAAUUGUCGGGCUGUGUAAAUUUUCACAGCAUCCCGGAAAGACCAAAAAAGGUUGGCACCGAUUGAAUGCUACUACAAUUAGAUGUCAACAUUGAGCGGAAAAGUCGCGCCCUCAGACGAAGUGGUGAUUCAACAAAACUUCGUGUCAUCGUGCGUGGAGUGUUCGUGCUCCUCAAAGGCGCGACACGCAUAGGAUCGUUUAAGGCACAGACUGCCGCAUCGAGGACAUUCCUAAAAGCAAGGUCCUUUUCUUGAAUUUGCUGCCAGGAUAACACGUUGCUUCCUUUCCAACAUUAGCAGACUACAGUAAUAGGAACGCUAUUCGUUACCAACGUUUCAAUUGUUAACGUAACGUUACGAUUGUCGCUCACCGCUAUUAUUUUCAUCAUACCAAUAUUGUCGUUAUGUAUCAGUAUAAUUAACAUAAAUAAAUGUGUCGUGGCUGUCUUGAUAGCGCUAAUUAUUGUUAUUAUAUCCUAUUAUAUCAUAUCUUGACGCAUAUCACAUUGAUAUCUGCGAUUGACGACUACAGCAAUGGCGGAACAAUAAUGAAUUCAAUUUACAGGAAUGACAAUAAACUACUACAGCAGGAGUUAGAUAGAUCGUAGGCAGGUAGAUAAGGCGGACGGGUGGAUAAUUUGUAUAGCUACGUAUAUAACGAAGAAGGAACAGUACCAAACUAAUAUCCCCGGACAGUAUUCCUAUUCUGGGUUAUCUGCAAGGCAAACAAACAAACAAACAAACAAACA